AUGGAAAAUGGCUCUAUCAAGUGUAGCAUGGGAGACGUGGAUAACAUGAUCGAAACUUGUAAAUCAAAUUCAGCCGCAACCAAUCAUUCGUCAAAAUGUUUGGGACGUCAAUGUACUCUACCUCCAGUGUGUCCGGUUCGGGCAGAUAAUUCAUUGGACACUACCGUCAAACCCCAAAUCAUUGGCCCGGUACGUGACCUACGAUCAAAUACAAGCCUAGAAAAAACCGUCCUACUGAGUUGGCAACCUCCGAAAGAGGGACAUGCAUGUAUCAAAGAAUACCUCAUCACGUGGGGAUCCGACAGUGAAACGAUUCCUGGAAAUAUCACGUUUUACUAUGUGACUGAUCUGGAACCUUGUAUGCGCUACAAUUUCACGGUGAACACGAUCGACCAAAGCAAUGACAAAGGCACACCAGCAACCAUCGAGGACACUGUGCGUGAAGAAAAUCAACUUUCCGAGGUGACGGAGUUGGAGCUGAACGAAGUGGAACCACGCUCCUUGACCGUCAAGUGGAAAGCUCCCGUCAAUGGAACAUACUGUGUGGGAUCGUACCGAUUGGCAGCGUGGUACAAUGAUCCUCAAACUGGCGAGCCGAUAACGGUCUUUUCGAACACCACCGACGAUCAGCAUGUCACCUUUGGCGAGGUGAUAGCUUGCAUGACCUACACGGUACAAGUGAUACCGAUAUCCUUCAGUAACAAUGAUGGCAGGAAUGAUAUUGCCACGCUGAAAACGAACGAACGAACGAUUCUUUCUUACCACAUAGAACCGAUCCGCGCGUUGUCCAUCAAGGCUCGCAGUUUGCAACUUUCCACCCAACUGCACGGCGAGAAUAAUAACAACUGUUUACUGGUCAGCGUGCGUUUUAGCUGCGGCAAGGCGUUGGAUGGUGAAGUUGAUCCAGAACCUCAGAUUGUGAGAGAGUUCGUUAUUAGCGGUAAUGAGAGCUUCGAAGGCAUCGUUGAUCCGUUGGUGCCCUUUACGUCGUACGAAUGCACUGCCCAAAUCCAGAACAUUGCUGGUUGGUCUGAUCCAACCUCGGCUUAUGUGUUUUCUACGGCAGAAGAUGUUCCCGAAAGCCCCAGUUCUCUGAAGCUCAUCGGUAAUCGUGAUUCGAUCGUAGUCGCGUGGAAAGCACCCACCGUGAAGAAUGGAGUCGUUGUACGGUACAGAAUUCACGUGCGUAUGAUCGAGCAAAAGUAUCCCAUUCCGAAGAUCUGCGAUCCGUUUGAGGAGUACAACGAAACCGUUGACUUGCGCGAUGAAGUUGAGCCGCAGGAGUCGCGUAGUUGGAACGGAGAUGAGUUUGAGUACACGAUCUUAAGAUUGAGUCCGUUCACGCUGUACACCGUGCAGGUUGCGGCAGCGACUGGGGCAGGCGUUGGUUCAUACACCGAGCCGCAGGAUGUGAUUACCCUUCCCAGUGUACCGGAAGGCGUGCAGAACUUUGCCAUAGCGGAAAUAGAGGGCCCAGAGCUGAACCAGACGUACCGAUCGGCGGUAAAACUUUCCUGGCAACUUCCAUGUCGGUUGCAUGGGAAUCUGACAGGUUUCGUUGGACGAUUGUAUGGUACGCGGGAAGAAGAUGGAUCUCCGCCUCACGAACUGCCGUGGAAUGUUGGGGUUCAAGCGGAUGAGAUUAAUGACACAUACUUUUACGUCGAAGAUCGACUCAAGCCUGAAUACACUUAUACUGUUUUGAUAAGCGUAGAAGUGGCCGAUGUGGCUGAACAGAGUCCAGAAACAACUAUUUCCUUUCAAUCUCCGGCCGGAAUUCCCACUAUCAAUCAAACGGAAGAUUUGCUCAAUGUGAAUGUUCGCGAUGCGCCCAACCCAACCAACACCGCCAAAAUAGUUCUGGGAAAGAUAAAUCUUGCAUCGGAUAUCGGUAGUAUUCGCUACAUGGCUUUGCUGAUAUCGGAACGGGGUUGUCGAGAAGAUCCCGAACCUCGAACUGGUUUAAUGAACACCACCGGAGAUAUCCAGUGGCCCAAAAUGCUAGAUUGGCAUCGGGUGAGCAACAUGCAUUGCGUUGAACAAUACCAGACGACUCCCGAGUUUUGGAACCCAAUCAAUGCAACGUCCCGUGCCGACGCCCGUAUCGAGUACGUGGUUGGCGAGGAGCAGUGCAAAGAUGGCAAGAUAUAUUGCAACGGUCCACUGAAACCGGGCACGGAGUACGCGUUGAUUGUGAGAGUUUUCUCACGCAGUGGCUUCAGCGAUUCCUCCUUCCAGUCUUUCCGUACGGACUCGCUUAUUCAGGUGGGAUUGAUCAUUAGCACGGUCGUCGCAUCCUUACUGUUGGCCUUCAUCGGAGGUUUGCUUGUGUUGUGGCGUAAACAGAGGCUACUCCUUCCUACACAACUUUCGGGACGCACACCAACAGACGAGCCGUCCGAUAUUCCCCUGAAAAAUUUCCCCAAUCAGUAUGAUGAACUUUUCCAGUCGAAUCGGGAAAAAGUUGCCAAGGAGUUUCAGGGGAUCAACUACUUUUGCGACACCGUCCUGGUGGAAACGGUCACGUUCUUUAGUGCACGGGAAAAUGAACGUAAGAAUCGUUACGUCAAUAUUUUACCGUUCGAUUCCAAUCGCGUUCUGCUGGACCCCGAGGAACACGAUGAGCUUAAUGCGAACGACUACAUCAACGCGUCCUUCAUCGAGGGCUACAAGUACCAGCGGGAGUAUAUUGCCACGCAAGGUCCCAAGGAGGGUACGUGUUACGAUUUCUGGCGGAUGGUGCUGCAGUACGAGAUCGAAUCGAUCGUCAUGCUGACGCAACCGAUCGAUCACGAUAAGAACAAAUGUUGCCAAUAUUACCCUCGCUUCAAUCAAACCAUCGAGUAUGGAGACAUUCAAGUGAAAUGUACACAAGAGAUGAAUUUAUCCCUCUACUACAAGCGAUUGUUUUUGGUGUCGAAGGGAAUCCAAUCGAAAGCCGUCUUUCACUAUCAUUUCCUCGACUGGCCGGACCACAGUUGCCCUGCCAGUCCGGCGGAUCUUAUUAAAUUCUCCAAGAUCAUACGAACUGAACGGAAAAGCUACGCCAUACCGCUCGUGGUCCAUUGUAGUGCAGGAGUUGGACGGACCGGGACCUUCAUUGCGUUGGACAUCCUUCUGCAAAGGAUGCAGCAGGAAAAGAAAGUCAACGUGUACGACACCGUGAAGCGCCUUCGACGACAGCGAGUGAAGAUGGUUCAAACGCUUGAUCAAUACGCUUUCCUCUACCAGUGCUGCUUGGAGUUUGUUUCCAAACUAAAUCGAAAAAAGCCAAAGACAAGCAACGUGGAGGUCAUCGAGCAGACUGAAACUGAACAGCGUCGUCCCGACAUCAUUAUGGAGGUGGAAAGUGUGACAGUGGGCAACGGCGGUAAGCCAAUGUUUAACAUAAAGUUUCCAAAAUCGGUCAACCCUGGAUCAGGUGCGAUGGCCAGCUUUGCACCGAGUGAUAUCGAAAGCGGGAAAUGGUGAUUCGUGCAUUUAAAAUGGUAUCAAAAAUAGAGCUCGUGCCGUUCUAUGCAAGAGAACUGUGAAAUGAAGGAAUCUAAUACUGUAGGUAAAAACAGCACACGUAAGCUCUUGUUAUUGGUUAAUUGUAGCUAUGUUGUUAUUGCUCGCACAUUUGGGCGGUUCAAACGAAUGAUGUUGAAAUGUUAGUCAUUGCAUGAUUUGAUGGAUAUGUUAGAUUAAUAUUAUUUAUUUGAAAUAAA